AUGGAGGUGGAGGAGGAGGAAAGACGCUCUCCACACGAUCAUGGGGAUCAAUGUGUUCCCGAGAGCUUCUUUGAUCGCGUAACGCAAGGGUUACGCGACGAUCUCGAACAUGAGCGGGACAGGCGUCUCCAAAUGGCGGACACUGUCUCGAAGCAUCGAGCUGAGUUUGCCUUUGCUCAGCUUGAGAACGAGAGAUCUCUGACAUCUCUUCGUGACGAGCUAAGGGUAGCUCGUGGGAUUGUUGAUCGGUCUCGGGAUGAGAUAGCUGCUCUUCAGACCCUUGUUGAUGCCCACCAUCGGGAGCACAAGGCUCUCUGCGAGAUGCUUGAGCGCAAGGGCGUUCUUCAUCGGAAGAAGCAGCGUACUGAUGGUACGGCUUAA